AUGAAUGGCACUGACAUGGAGGAAAUACCGUUUCAGAAAGUCAAAACCAGGCGGAAGAGAAGUCACUGUCCACCGGGUGUCCCCUUGACCACCAUUGUGUGCGAGGACGAGUUCGACUGCAAGGAGCUCGAGUCCCUCUUCCAGAACUACAACCUGAAGCUGGAGCAGACGUCCACUCUCAAAGCCCUGGCUGUCCUCAUCUUCAUGUCCUCGACGCUGGCCGUGGUGGAGUUGCUGUCCGGCCCCAGCCUCACCAUCUCCAAGGGGUCCCAUCCGGUCCACUGUGUCAUCUUCGUCUCCCUGUUCAUCGUAACUAAUGUCAAGUACCUGCAAGUGACUCAGCUCCAACAGAUUGUCAACCUGACGCUGCUCUUCGGCUUCACUUUCUCUUUCCUCUGCUGUCCCUUCUCGCUGGGCGCGAUGGGGAUGGAGCCGCCGACGUCCCCGGAGCAGGGCAUGUGGCAGCUCAUCCUGGUCACCUUCGUCGCCUAUGCGCUCCUGCCCGUGCGGACACUCUUGGCGGUUGUGUUGGGAAUAAUGGUCUCCAUCUCGCAUUUGAUUGUGACCGCCACUUCUGUCACAGUGAAAACGCAGAAGCUGUGGAGGACGUUGGUUGCCAACACGGUGCUGUUCACCAGCGUCAACCUGUCAGGGCUGUUCGUGCGCAUCCUGACAGAACGAGCCCAGAGGAAGGCCUUCCUGCAGGCUCGCAACUGCAUCGAAGAGAGGCUCCGCAUGGAGGACGAGAACGAGAAACAGGAGCGCCUGCUAAUGAGUCUGUUGCCCAGGAACGUAGCUAUGGAGAUGAAAGAGGAUUUCCUGAAGCCCCCAGAAAGGAUCUUUCACAAAAUCUACAUCCAGCGCCAUGACAAUGUCAGCAUCCUGUUUGCAGAUAUAGUCGGCUUCACUAGCCUGGCCUCCCAGUGCACAGCCCAGGAACUGGUUAAACUGCUAAAUGAGCUGUUUGGAAAGUUUGAUGAGCUUGCCACGGAGAACCACUGUCGCAGGAUUAAGAUCCUGGGGGAUUGUUACUACUGUGUCUCUGGACUGACCCAACCCAAGACUGACCACGCCCACUGCUGCGUAGAGAUGGGACUGGACAUGAUUGACACCAUAACGUCAGUAGCAGAGGCCACAGAAGUCAACCUGAACAUGCGCGUGGGCUUGCACACAGGCCGGGUGCUGUGUGGAGUGCUGGGCCUCAGGAAAUGGCAAUAUGAUGUGUGGUCCAAUGACGUGACCCUAGCCAAUGUGAUGGAGGCUGGAGGACUACCUGGUAAAGUCCACAUCACCAGAUCCACGCUGGAGUGCCUAAAUGGAGAUUAUGAGGUGGAGCCUGGAAACGGACACGAAAGGAACGCCUUCCUCCAAAAACAUGAAAUUGAAACCUUCUUUAUAGUGCCAUCUCACCGACGGAAGAUAUUCCCAGGAUUGAUUCUUUCGGAUAUAAAGCCCGCCAAAAAGAUGAAGUUCAAAACUGUGUGCUACUUACUAGUGCAGCUUAUGCACUGCAGGAAGAUGUUCAAGGCUGAGAUUCCCUUCUCCAAUGUCAUGAACUGCGAGGACGGUGAUAAGCGGAGAGCCAUGCGGACGGCUCCACAGAAGCUGAGGAACCGCUCCAACACAAACCAGGCUAAUCUGCUCCAGAGCAGCCCCAGAACCCGGGUCAACCGCUACAUCGGCCGGCUGAUCGAGGCCCGCCAGACCGAGUCCGACACGGCAGACCUCAACUUCCUCACACUCAUGUAUAAGUGCUCUGAGCGCGAGCAGAGGUACCACCAGGUUCCUGAUGAGUACUUCACCAGUGCGGUGGUCCUCUCUCUGAUCCUAGCUGCCUUGUUUGGCCUUGUCUAUCUCCUCAUCAUACCACAGGGCACAGUGGUACUAGUCCUUCUCGUCUUCUGCAUCUGUUUCCUCGUAGCUUGUAUCAUGUACCUGCAUAUCACUAGAGUACAGUGUUUUCCAGGGUGCCUGACCAUUCAGAUCCGCACUGCUCUCUGUAUUCUCAUAGUGCUCUUAAUCUACGCUGUGGCCCAGGCCUGUGUGGUGGGCUGCAUGCCCUGGCUGUGGGGUAGUGCCAACACCAACAGCUCCAUCGUCAUCAUUGAUGUGGACAGCGGCGCCAACCACACCAUGGCGGAGCUGCCUUGUGACGGUGCCCGCUAUGCCUUUCUGGCCUGCGUGGUGGGCACACUCACCCUGGCACUUUUCCUGCGGGUCUCCUGGCUGCCAAAGAUGGCGCUAAUGCUCCUUCUGGGGGUGCUGUAUGUCACCGUGCUGGAGCUCAGCGGCUUUCGCAAGACCGCAGGUGGGGGGUCCUUCCACAUCCGGGGCUAUGAGCCCAUCCUGUCUCUGUUGCUCUUUGUCAGUGCCCUGGCCCUCCACUCCCGGCAACUUGACCUCAAACUACGCUUGGACUUCCUAUGGGCUGUGCAGGCGGAAGAGGAAAGAGACGGCAUGGAGAAAGUCAAGCUGGACAACAGGAGGAUCCUCUUCAAUCUCCUGCCUGCACACGUGGCUCAGCACUUCCUGAUGUCGAACCCCAGGAACAUGGUGAGCCUCGCUAAUAGACAGGCAGACAGACAGACAGACAAACAGGAUCUCUACUACCAGUCCUACGCACAAGUCGGUGUCCUGUUUGCCUCCAUCCCAAACUUCAAUGAUUUCUACAUCGAGCUCGAUGGCAACAACAUGGGAGUGGAGUGCCUGAGACUGCUGAAUGAGAUCAUUGCUGACUUUGAUGAGCUCAUGGACAAGGAGUGCUACAAAGACAUAGAGAAAAUCAAAACCAUUGGCAGUACAUACAUGGCAGCUGUGGGCCUCGUCCCCACCAUUGGUACCAAGGCCAAAAAAUCUGUUUACGACCAUCUGAGCACAAUAGCGGACUACGCCAUUGAGAUGUUUGACGUUUUGGAUGAAAUCAACUAUCAGUCAUACAAUGAGUUUGUCUUGAGAGUGGGUAUUAAUGUGGGUCCAGUGGUUGCCGGGGUGAUCGGGGCACGGCGACCUCAGUAUGACAUCUGGGGGAACACGGUCAACGUGGCCAGCAGGAUGGACAGCACUGGAGUGCCAGGGAAGAUACAGGUGACUGAAGAGGUGUACCGCCUGCUGAAUACCAACUAUGACCUGGUGUGUCGUGGCAAAGUCAGCGUCAAAGGCAAAGGUGAGAUGCUGACCUACUUCCUGGAAGGCAAGGUUCAGGGCGUGGGCACCGUGACCACCUCCUCAGUGGUGCGUUCCGCCAGCCUGGCGCGCCGGAUCCACUCCUGUGGCAAGACCAGCGUGCCGACCAAUCUGGGCAGCGUGUCCUCCGCCGCCAGCCUGAAUGCUUUUGCCAGCAUGGGCAGCAACAUGCAGAUGAACACCGCCAACAGCAGCAACAGCCAAGCAACAUGCCUGCCCUCCCCCUGCGUGCCCGCGGUGGGUGAGGAGGACGAGGAGGACGUAGAGGUGACAGAGAUUCAGAUCGAGGCCGUCGCAGCUGUUGCGGACGUUGCAGUGUAG